AUGCGGCAACGAAGUCUGAAUCACAGCGCCUACAGGGUAGGAUGGAUUUGUCCGUUGGAGGUGGAACAAAUCGCAGCCAUGGAAAUGCUUGACGAGGAGCAUCGGCCUCUCUCACAGCCAAGUGGAGACACUAACGUCUACAAUCUGGGUAGUAUCAACAACCACAAUGUUGUCAUCGCCGGUCUUCCAAAGACAGGAAAUUGCUCCGCGGCCACAGUUGUCACCCAGAUGCGGAUGACAUUCCCACGUCUCAAAUAUGCCCUGCUUGUUGGCAUCGGAGGUGGUGUGCCAGUGAAGACUGAUGUUGGCAUGGUCCGUUUAGGCCAUGUGGUGGUCAGUGAGCCUAUCGGUAUACACUCCGGGGCGGUGCAGUAUGACCAUGGAAAAUCGAGGACAGGCUACUUCGAACGCAAAGGCUUCCUCAUGCCUCCGCCGACGGCUCUUUUAAACGCUGCCCGCGAAGUAUCCGUCAAGCGCCAGCGAGGGGAUCACGAUCCGGUUUGGGAAAAUGUCCAAAGAAUUCAAACCAAUCGUGGAAACCUGCAUCGUUUCAAGUUCCCGGGUUUGGAGAACGAUCACCUCUAUGACCCAGGUUAUCAGCAUCAGAAGAUCGGAGCAUCGUGCGAGAAUAGCGGAUGUGAUUCCCUCAAGCGCAUACCUCGACCGAUGGACGAUAGACGUGGAAACUUUAUCGUGGUGCACCGAGGUACAAUCGCAUCCGGAGAACUGGUCAUCAAGGAUGCAUACCUUCGAGAUGAGCUGGCGAAGGAGCACGGAAUACUAUGCUUCGAGAUGGAAGCAGCAGGGGCACUUGCUGAUUUCCCAUGCAUGGUGAUCCGGGGAAUUUCCGAUUAUUGCGACUCGCACAAGAAUGAUAUAUGGCACGGAUAUGCAGCUGCGGUAGCAGCAGCAUACGCAAGACAGCUGUUUUUCCACAUGGCCAUUGGCGAGACAAUUCGGCCCAACUUACCUUCGAAUGAGGAUACCAAAGUCGACCCAGAUGUCAUAGGGCAGUUUCAUAAAGCUGUCAAGGACGGUGAAACGACUGUGGUCAAAUCCUGGCUGAAAAUAGUGGAUGUGAACAUUCGAGACCUGCGCACUGGGCGGACAGCACUUUCAUUCGUUGCCGAGACUGGCAAUAUUGACAUGGCCAAGAUUCUGCUUGACCAUGAGGCCUUGGUGAAUGUCCGGCAAUGGAGCCGUCCGGGUGAUACCUUGGGAGGCGGAACAACCUGGACAAGUGGAAGAACGGAACUGAGUUGGGCGGUUGACUGCGGACAUGCCGAGAUGACUGAGCUUCUACUGAAGCAUGGCGCGAAUCCUAAUAGUGCCAACAGUGCUGGACGGGUACCCCUUCAUUAUGCGUGCAUGGGAAACAAUCGCCGACUCGUGAGAAUCCUGGUUGAGAACGGGGCAGACCCUAAUUUCAAAACUUUCCAUCAUGGCUGGGCACCUAUCCAUGAGAUAGUUUCCCACGGACACGUCGAUCUUUUGAAAAUGUUUCUCGAUUACAACCCGCUACUGAAUGACAAGAACGGAAAGAAGGGCAACGGGAAAGCUCCUUUGCACUAUGCUGUCAUCAAAAAGAGCAAAUUGAUGAUGAGGCUUCUUCUUGCAAAAGGGGCCGAUCCAAAUGUCGGAAUGAUUGAAGACAUCACUGCCCUGCAUCUUGCUGCUGCUGCGAACUGGACUGAAGGGAUCGAAAUUCUUGCGGAUUAUGGUGCGACAAUUGACGCGAAAGAUGCUCUUUUACUUGAAACGCCACUUCACAAGGCCGCGAGAAACUGCAGCUUCCAGGCAUACCAUAUCUUGGCUCGACAUGGUGCUGACCCUAAAGAACACAAUAUCGAUGGUCAGGACUGCGACUCUAUCUUAGAUUGCGCUCAACAAAAUCCGAAAGAUUGGGAAGUAAAAGCGGAGAAAGCGUUUUAUCUCACCUGA